AUGCUGGACCUCGUGGCCCUCCGUGGAAGCGGGGAGGCUCUGGCGAAGGAAGGGGCGGCCUGCGCUCAAAGACAGGUGUUGCACGUGCGCAGCAUAUCUUCCUGGGCCCCUGUGUGCAUCGGCCCUUACUGCCAGGCCAACACGCUAGGCCCCGGAGGGGGUUUCGCCCUUGUCGCGGGGCAGAUAGGCCUACAAGCCGCCUCCAUGACCUUCCCCGCCCGCCGCAGCGGCCGCCCUCCGGCCCCGUGCGCGGGGGGUUCCGCCUCCAAGGAGGCCAUGAGCGAGACGCGACCAAUUCACGAGCAGGAGCUGUCGCUCUGUGUCAGCCACGCCUCCUCGGUAGCCUCCGCGGUCGGCGCUAGUGUGUCACGAGGGUGCGUGUUCGCCACGCUCUACGUCAGCGAGGAAGCAGCGGCGGCGGCGGCGGGAGGAGGAACGGCUGCUGUGGCACAUGCAACGGCUGGGGUAAUGGACAGAACGGACGAAGAAGGAGGCGUGGCGGGAGAGGGGCGCGGGGACACAAGGCGACCCAGCAGCAGCGACGCGGGCACCUCGGCGGGAGCAGCAGCACCGGCAGGCGGCAGCGGCGGCUCGUUGGAGGGCAUGGUCGACGAGUGUCGGGUUCUCAUGGAGGGGAAGCUUACGCAGGAGCAGGCGGAGGCGGCUGCGGAGGUGGCGGGGACGGAGGGAGGAGGGGAGGACGACGAUAGCGCGGAAGACGGAUGGACGAGUGAUCCGGAAGAGCUCGCCAAGGAGGCCGCCAGGAAAAUGGUGCUGGCGCGCCGCGUCCCGAUCCUGGCUGUCGUUGUCCCCUCCCUGCCAAGAAACGCCACCGUCGAGCUAGAGGUGCUGUGCAUGUCCCGCGCCGCUCUGUCGGUCCUCCCCUGCCGACACUACCCGCCUUCCUGCCGCAUGGAAACCCUCAGCGCCUCGCCGUCAACGGCAACCAAGGGCCUGGACCACCCCGUUCCAGGAAGGUUCAUCCCCACGCCGCCACCGCCCACAUCAGCUUCGGCGCUGCCUGCAAGCCCGGAGGCGCCGAGUGCUGCGGGCGGCGGCAGCCACGAUGGUGCUGUUGGAGGGGCGAGGAUGGGAGCAGCAGCUGCUUGCGAGGAGGGCGGGGUGGGUCGCGCUAAGAUGGUCUCGGCGAGGGUGAUGACGACGGGCUCGACGGUGGACCGCAUCCUUAGCGUGGCGGUGUCAUCGCUCUCGAUAGUCUGUGGGGACGGCUGCACCGCUUCCGCUGAUGGUGGUGCGGGUGCCGGUGGUGCUGCACGCGAGACGUCCGUCGCGCCGAACGCCGCAGCCAACGCCAACAUCACCCCUCCCCUGUCCGGGUCGCAGCUGGAACAAGCCAUGGGCCUCGUGCUGGCCGGAGUCUCGGACGCCGUCUCAGCCGCCCGACUGAGGUGGCACGACGUCGCGAACCUUCGCGUCUACUACAAGGCUCGCCGUCAUGGGCCCUCUGGCGUCGCAGCCGCGGCAAGCGGCGGCGGCGGCAGCGACGGAAUGGAGGAGGGGCUUCUCAAGAGGGCGACGUUUUUGGCGCUGGCCGGGGCGACGCGGGAGAGGCCGGCGGUCACGUUCGUCCCCGUGAGCGGGCUCGGGGGUGGGGCCGCCGUCAGCGUACACGCGACCGCGUGGAGCUUGGAUAGGUGA